GUGGGCAUGCACCCAUCCUUACUACCAGCUCUUUGAUGUCCGUCUUUUAGAAGACAUACGGUAGUGCUUUCACCUCCGCUCGAAUCUCGGGAAAGGAGGGGCGGAGGGUUUUAUGUCAUCAGCCUGCGCUCGCCUGCCCCGCGACGCGCCGGCGGCUGGCGCAGCCUUUCGCUCGCCCGGCCUCCCCCUCCCUGGCUCCGCGCUCUGGUUCCGCCAUGGAAUCUAACAAGGAUGAAGCCGAGCGCUGUAUUAGCAUCGCCAUCAAGGCCAUCGAGAGCAACCAGACCGAAAGGGCGCUCCGCUUCCUGGACAAGGCGCAGCGGCUGUAUCCGACGCCGCGAGCUCGCACCCUGAUCGAGUCUCUCAACCAGAAACCACAGCCUGCUGGUGACAAGUCCCAACCCACAGAGGAGACCCACACAACCCGUAGGAAAGUAGGUGGGACUGACGCCCCCUCAGCCAACGGUGAAGCUGGAGGUGGAGAGAGCACCAAAAGCUACACUGCAGAACAAGUAGCGGCCGUGAAAAGGGUCAAACAGUGUAAAGAUUACUACGAGAUCCUGGGGGUGAGCAGAGGGACCACAGAUGAGGACCUGAAGAAGGCCUACCGCAAACUGGCCCUCAAAUUCCACCCAGACAAGAACCGUGCACCUGGUGCUACUGAAGCUUUCAAGGCCAUUGGCACAGCAUACGCAGUACUUAGCAACCCAGAGAAAAGGAAACAGUAUGACCAGUUUGGGGAUGACAAGAGCCAGGCAACCCGGCAUGGCCACGGGCAUGGGGACUUCCACCGUGGCUUUGAGGCUGACAUCUCACCUGAAGACCUCUUCAACAUGUUCUUUGGUGGUGGCUUCCCUUCUAGUAAUGUUCAUGUCUACAGCAACAGCCGCAUGCGCUACCCCUACCAGCAAAGACAGGACCGCAGGGAGAACCAGGGUGACGGCGGGCUGGGGGUGUUUGUACAACUGAUGCCCAUCCUCAUCCUGAUCCUCGUGUCAGCUCUCAGCCAGCUUAUGGUCUCCAGCCCACCCUACAGUCUGAGCCCGAGACCAUCGGUGGGCCAUAUCCACAGGCGAGUCACUGACCACCUGGGCGUCAUCUACUACGUGGCAGAGACCUUCUCGGAUGAGUACACAGGCUCCAGCCUCAAAACAGUGGAACGGAACGUGGAAGAUGAUUAUAUUGCCAACCUCCGAAACAACUGCUGGAAGGAGAAGCAGCAAAAGGAAGGCUUGCUAUACCGGGCCCGAUACUUUGGCAACACAGAUAUGUACCACAAAGCACAGAAGAUGGGCACCCCAAGCUGUAACCGACUGUCAGAGGUGCAAGCCUCCCUGCAUGGAUAGUCCUGGACCAGCCGCUCCACCAAGGUCCAAAGUAUGAAAUCCCUGGAGAAUUUUUGGUGACAUGCACUGAGCCAAGGUGAUGGACUGUAUAUUUAAGGAAAGACAUAAAAAGAAAAAAAAAAUUAAAAUGGAAUUGGAGGCCGAAUGCCGCACAGCUGCCCUCUCUCGCCCAGUAAAUGCAGAAAGCUCUUAGGACAGACAGGAAAACCUGCCACGGGGCUGCUCCCCUUCCUCCUAGGGCUGGCAGAGGCUCAGGCACCCCAUCAGCUCUCUCCUAAGAUACAGAAACCAUGGCAACGAAAGUAGAAUGUAAAACUUGCAGCAAACGUCUGUGGGAAGGGCAGGGGAGGGGGCACCCAAUUGCCUUUCUUCCCCCUCCCAGGAGCCACCACCCACAAGUCGCUGCUCAGUGGAAACCAGUCAGAGGUGGUGACUGAGGACAGAGAGGAGGAAAGAAUUCUCCAUAGAAUGUAAUUUAUAGAUGCGUGUAUAUGUAUAUAUAUAUAUUUAUAUGUAAAUAGUUAUAUAUAAAGAUAUAUAUAUAUAUAUAUAUAGUCUACUUUUUAAACUAUGCAGUGAUUUGGUUAA